GAAAUCGCAGAUUUACAAAGCUUCUCUCAGCAGUGCGGAACAAUCAGCCGAAGCCACCGGUAGACUUGCGGUUUGAGAAGAAACCUUCAUUUGGGCGGGACAGCUGUCCUGAAGUUGUGGCUGGUUGCAUGUCUUUCUUAGAAAACGUGUAUCAGUCAAUCGCGGAGAACCUCCCCGAUGUCAGAGACGAGUCUUGGGAUGGCAUUCUCUCAGACGAGGGCCCAUCAAUUGAUUUGAGUUUUGCCGGCGAUGCUUCCAAAGAACCUCCGAAGACUUCAGAGCACAAACCCAAACAAAAGAAACACCACCGCGGUGUUGAGGUUUGCGCAGGAAGAUCGGUAGCUGACGGGUGUGAAGAGAAGUUUCUGCCAGACGGCACAUUCAAAGAAUACUGGAUCCAAUACAAAAGCCAGUCCUCAAGUGCACGUGACUGGAAGAAUUCAGCAGGGAUGGCAAAAGCUUUCCAGAUUGGCAAGCAGGAAAGUGAUGCGCUGUUCGCCUUAGCAACUGCAGUUCCUGAACCAAUUUGCUCCGAGCUUCAGCAGCUUGUGACAACGCGAGGCAUGAGCAGGUUUUUGAAUCACGAUGUGAUCGGGAAAGGCACUUUCUCAACUGGAUUUUCCAGCGGCAUUGGCCCAGCAGAGAGCUGGAGUGAAGCACUCACAAACCUCCCCGGCGACUUGCAGUUGGUAAAGCUCUACCUGGCUCGCUUGGCUGGCGAUCACGACAACACGCCGGCGCCUUUGAGAAAGGCUGUCAGCUUUAAGGAUGCAAUCAAGGUGCACCAGUCUUGCGGAGUCUUCCUGUUUAUGAUGGCCAAGCUUCAGAGCAUUGCUCCAGAGAAAGAGUUUGAGGGCAUGCGCAAUGAUCUACUGAACCAAUUCAAGUGUGGGCUGCUGGACGCUGACCUACUGCAUUGUGUCGACCAGCAAGUGCCAGCCAAUGCGGAGCUGCUUUCGGUCGGCGCCAUGAGGAGAGGAGUUCCUUGUGCUGGCGAAUUGAUGCAGGGGGUUCUCACGGGCAUUGACGUGAAGCCGACCGACAAAGUUGCUUGGUUCGACAUCAUCCCGAACAGGUUAGCAGAGUUUGCGCGUGCUGCCCUGGAGAAUUUGCUGGAUGGUGCGGCGCGCUCCAAGGUUGCCAUGCAGUACGUGGGCUUGGUGAAGGAGGACAAGUUGACCGAGCUGAGAUCGACCUUGGAGAGACAACAAUGCGGAUUCACCGCCGAAGGAAAGACCCCCUACAUCCACAGCUGCGCCUACCGCAGAAACUAUGGGGUUGAGCUUGGUUGCCCUCACGCGUGGCAAACCAACUUUUCCACUGUCAGUUCUCCUGGACGCUUCCAGAAUGAUUCGCCGGAGCAAGAGGAGGUCAAGCAGCUGCAAAAGCAAUUUUUGGAGGAGUUUGGUGAAGCUGGCGACCCUACCGCCAGGAUUACCACCCCCAGCCGCGCGCAUGGUGUUUGCGAUUACACUGUCGAUGAAGGUUUGAAGCCCCUGGACACGUCUCGCACUGUGAAUCUCACCGCGAUCCCAGUGGCAAGCUUCACCGGAGAGAGGCUUGGUGCGCUUCCUGGCCGGGCGGGGAAGCCGACGCUGGCGUUGGACAAGGACUUUCACCUUUGGCUCGUCAACAGCAGCAAUGAGGAGAUGGAGGUCACGGCUGGAGAAUUGUUUGGCUUUGGGACGGGGUCCUACAACACGCAAGUGGUUACACGUGAAGCAGAGGAGACAAAUGGACUUGCCUGGAGGUUGAGUUCAGACCGAGCCCUCGUGGUUUUUGAGAAAGAGCCAAUGGCAUUGCGCGAGCUUCUUCGGAAGUUGACUGUGGAGAAUGGCCUUGCAGACAUGAAU